CUGUCACAAUAAUGGACAGUACAGUACAGAACAUACAUCAGUUAUGUAUAGCUCAUUACAAUAUUCAAAGUAUACAUAGGAAAAAAUCCUUAUUGUCUAAAUUUUUAGAUGAGCAAAAUGUUGAUAUCUGUCUACUCAAUGAAACUUGGCUGAAAGAUACUCAGCAUUUUAACAUUUCGGGAUAUAAUUUCCACUAUCAUAAUGCCCAAAAUGAGCAUGGUGGAGUAGCAAUUUUGAUCAAACCGUAUUUUAAAUAUAAUAUUAUUCAAACCAGAUUUUACCAAGACAUUCAGACUGUGGCAUUAUUGUUAUAUGUAAGUGGUAAACAAUUAACGAUUUUAUGUGUAUACUGCCCUCCAUCGAAUGGUAACUUCAGAAUAAGUAAACUGCGUGAUAUAAUUAGAGAUUUGCCUAAGCCAAUAUAUGUGGCUGGAGAUUUCAACGCUCACCAUGUGGCAUUUGGGUGUAUGACCACGAAAAGUCGGGGUCAUCAGUUAUACGAUUUAAUUGAUGAAUUUGAUCUAUGUGUCCUCAACAAUGGUAGCUUCACUACUAUUAAUUAUCCUAACCGAAAUCCAUCGGCUAUUGAUGUCAGCUUUUGUAGUGCUUCAAUCACUCCACUAUGCGAAUGGUGGGUGCAUGAUGAUUGUAUGGGGAGCUAUCAUUUUCCUACGCUUACUCGUGUUUCAUUGUCAGUUGAUAGAUACCAAAUUAAUCCUCCCAUUGAAAAAUUCCUAUACAACAAGACAGACUGGACAAAAUACAAUGAGCUGUCUAUAACUGCUUUUUCUAAUUUUGAAGUUAAUAAUGAGAAUCCAUUACAGUCAUAUGAUGAAUUUAUUGAAAGGCUUGAUACACUUAGGAGAGAUACUGUGCCAAAGUUUGUCAAAGCAAACAACUAUCGUUGCAAACCUCCAGCACCUUGGUGGAGUGACACAUGUGAACAGAGUGUUAUUAAAACUUAUGAAGCUUUAAAACUGUACAGAAGAGAUCCAACCAUUGAUAAUUACAUUAAUUACAAAAGACUUAAUGCUGUUAAGAAAAAGACUAUUUCAGAACAUAAACGCAAUGGUUGGGCUAACAUUUGUAAUACUUUUAACAGAACUACACCUGUUAGUAUUAUUUGGAAAUACAUCAAGUUAUUUAAACGAAUAAUAUGCAAUAAUAGAACAUAUAAAGACGAAUUUGUAGUCCCUCUUUUAGACAAAUUAUCUCGAAAUGGAUGUAGGGUUAUUGAUAAUCUAGAAAGUUAUUUUCAAAUUAAUAAUAGUCUUCAGAAGUCCAGUUUCCUCAUAGAACCCUUUACUUGGAGUGAGUUUUGUACAAGUUUACAAUCCAGACGAAACACAACCCCUGGUUUAGAUAAUUGUCCAUACAUUUUGAUCAAAAACCUAAAUCAGUCCGUACAAAAGAAACUAUUAGCUAAUCUUAAUGCUCUUUGGCACUUAAAAAAAAUUCCUGAAUCUUGGAAAACACAGUGUGUAAUCCCUCUACUUAAACCUGACAAGCCACCUGAAGAUCCUAAUUCAUAUCGUCCUAUAUCUUUGUCAUCUUGUGUUGGAAAGCUUAAUGAAAACAUGUUAAAGAUGCGUCUUGAGUGUUAUGUAGAGGCGAACAACAUCAUUCCACAUGUUCAAUAUGGCUUCCGGAGAGGCAGAAGUUGUGCUGACAGCUUCAUCUCUCUCUUGUCAGAUCUGAAAUAUGCCAAUAAUAAUAAUAAGUCCAGUGUUUGUGUUUUUCUGGAUAUUGAAGGUGCGUUUGAUAAUGUAGAUCCUGGCAUUUUGGUUCAAGUUCUUUCUGACAUUGGUAUACCAGGCAUACUUUGCCAAUGGUUAUUUAAUUUUUUAAUAGAUAGAACUUUGUAUAUAAGGCAUAAUAAUAUUCUCCAUGGUCCCAGAAGGGUCUCCAAAGGUACAAUGCAGGGGGCUACAUUAUCUCCAUUGUUGUACAACAUAUACACUAGUCAAAUUCUUAAUUUUGUAAAUAUAGAAGGUGUAAAUAUUUUACAAUUUGCGGAUGAUCUUGUAAUAUAUUGUACAGACCAUAAUGUAGAUAGAGCUGUAAAUAGUAUAAAUAAUGCUUUAGAGCAAUUGUACAUAUAUUAUAAUGACAAGUUGGCUCUACAGAUUAACCCUAACAAAAGCAAGGCCAUGAUUUUUAGUAAAGAUUUUCCCUCUAAUGGCAUACUCUACAAUAAUCAUCCAAUUUCAGUUGUAUCUAACCAUAAAUUCCUGGGUGUUGUCAUUGAUAACAAACUUUGUUUUAAUUUACACAUCAAUCACAUUAUAACUAACUCUCUUAAGGGCUUAAAUAUUAUAAGAUGUUUAGCUGGUGUGACUUGGGGUGCAGACCCCAAAGUUUUAAGUAUGCUAUAUAAAUCUAUAGUCAGAAGCCAUUUCGACUACAGUUGUUUAGCCUACUCAAAUAGUAGUUGUGUAAAAAAACUAGACAUAAUUCAAAACAAAGCUCUGCGAAUUAUUUCUGGGGCUAUGUGUUCAACUCCCAUACGAGCUAUGGAAGUUGAAACCAAAAUAAUGCCACUGUGUCUUAGAAGACUUCUGCUAAUAGAGAGAUAUUUACUAAAGCUGGUAUCUGGUAAUGAUAAUGUUCUCAAAAAAAUAGUACCUUUUCCUUUACAAUGCUCGGUCCAGCAGACUUCGGGAGGUGAGCUUUUACAAGGUUAUUUUCCAGUUUUGCCUCUCAUUGUACAGCAAAUGAAUGAAGAUUUUAAAAAUGUAAUUAAACAAUCAAAGUGGACAUGCUACACAUACCCAUAUUCCUGUAUUAUAUUUGAGACCAAUAUUGUUACCAAAAAUUUUUUUAAUAAUUGUGAAUUAUUAAGUUUUAUUUCCGACAAUAACUACUAUACUUUGUAUACAGAUGGUAGCAAAAGUGAGCUCUUUGUGCGCAGUGCCGUUUAUGAUCCACAAUGCAAGUUUGGUCAAAGUUUUCUUCUGGACCCUAAAUGCAGUGUUUUCACUGCAGAGGUAUAUGCGGCCCUCGAGGCCCUGAAGAGGAUUGCACAUAUAAAUAGUUUUAAUAAUUUUUUAAUUUUAACAGACAGUUUAAGUAUGGUCCAAAGUUUAACUAAUCUCAGAUUUGACUUUAAAAAAAACUAUAUUUUGUAUAAUAUUAAAAAAUUGUUAUUUAGUUAUGCAAAAAAGGGUAUACAGGUCUCUUUCAUGUGGAUUCCAUCACAUAGGGGCAUAACAGGAAAUGAGAUAGUAGAUAAAAUUGCACGUGAUGGAACCAACAUGUUGGAUGUUAGCUCCAUAGUAAAAGUACCUUUGACCGACUGUUAUCAAUCUAUUGACAACCAGGUCAAUAGCUUAUGGGUCGAAUUUUGGAAACAAGAUCAAGAACAGAAGGGUAAAUGGUAUGGAACUAUUCAAGAAAAACUACCUGUAGCACCAUGGUAUAACAAACUGAAAAUGGCCAGUCGGGACUUUGUUACCACUAUAAAUAGACUGCGCUUUGGUCACUCCACCGUCCCGGCCCACCUGGCUCGAUUGGGCAUAGUGGAGAGCAGUUACUGCACCUUCUGCAAUAAUUCUGUUGGUGAUAUCGAACAUUUCAUAUUUACAUGUGAGUGCUUUUCAUUUGACAGAUUGAUUCUUGUCAGUGAAAUUAGUGACAUAGUGCAAAAUCAAGUGACAGUGCAAGAUCCCUCCCGCCGCCUGAGUGAUAUGUUAAAAAAUAGAUCCUAUUACGUGCCUCUAUAUAAAUUCAUCAAAAAUACAGUGGGGAAAUUAUAAUAAACCGAAUAAAAAUACUCAAGACUUGGCCUAAAGGUCUAGAUGCCAGGCCAUAAACUCC